GAUUUUUCUUUUUCUUUUCUUGUUUUUAUCUUUGAAGAAUUUGAUCCUCAGAUUUCCUGCGGCCUGCGCGUUCCUUAAACACUCCGCUGCCAUGACAACGGACAACAGAAGCAGUGCAGUGCGUGUGUGUCGGCUCCUAAAUGUCUCACAGAGGCUCCUCGAGCAGCCUGCGGGCGGAGGAGGAGCGGGACCUGGAGGAGCUGAGAGGAGCAGCGGCGGAGUUUUACCGGCAGAGCGGAGUCCCGCAGGAGCUGGAGGCGGCUCUGGACGAGCUCUUCCGGCGGCAGCCGCGAGACCUUCACGGCUUCCUGGCAGAUUACUUUGACAAGCGCUCCGCUCCACCAAGGAUCAGUAGACUCAAAGGACGGGAGGUCUAUAACGCCAAAGGACAACUUUGUAUCGAGGCAGAGGUCUUCUGUGUUGUUCGAAACACAGAAAAGAGCAUUUCUUCAGCUGCUGUCUCCUGCUGUCUGGAUCCAGAGAGGACUUCAUCUGACACUGAUGAUGAGGAGGAGAGGACUGAGCACGUGAGGACUGCAGCACAGUGCAUCAACGGCCCUCUCAGCAACAUGCUGAAGGACAGAAACCCGUGUGACCAGUCAGAGGUCGACAAAAUGCUCAGUCAUUUCUUCAUGACUCGCUGCCUGGAGGAGAUGGAGGUGAAGAAGAAGGUCCAUUCACCCAGGAUGGAUGAAGAGUCCAGCCCUUUACCUCCACCUACACAAGACAAAGACAAGAAGAUCAGAGAUAAAGGCAAAAAGAACAACAUUGUAGAAACCCCAGCGGAGCCACUGGAGCCAGUUCUGCAUGGGAGCACAGCUAUUGGUUCAGUGUCGCUGGCUGUAGCCAAAGCUGGGGCUGAACUUCAGCAAAUCCCCCUCUAUCAUCACAUCGCAGCCUUGAAGAGCUGUCAGGACCAGGAUAGGUUCCACAUCCCCGUCUCCUUAGUAACCCUGAUCUGCUGUGGGAGGACUUCUCCAGGAAAACUCAACCUCCUGGAAGAAGUCAUCCUUGUCCCCAAACCAGGACAGGGAGUCAAACAAAUCGUCACCACGACCCUCAAGCUACAGAAGGAGAUGAUGAGAAUAAUGAUGACAAUGAAAGCUGGGGCUGUCCAGGCUAUUGAAUGUGACAGAGGAGCGCCGGCCGUGAGCUUCGAGCGCCCUGAGCAGCCUCUGGAUCUCAUCACAGAGGCCUGCUCAAACCUUCAGCUCCAGCUGGGGACAGACGCUCAUUUAGCUCUCAACUGUGCAGCGCACAAGCUCCUGGACCAUGUAAGGCGAGGAAAACACUCUCAGGGUUACAUGGCUUCAGCUGCAGGAUGUGGACUCACAGACAGAAUGCUGACAGAGCAGCAGAAGAGUUCACGCUGUUUCUCUCAGUCCAAAGGGAAGUAUGAAGUCGCAGCAGGAGUUUUGAAGUCUCCAGAUGAGUUAGUGGACUUGUACCAAACCCUCCUCCACAAACAUCCAGCUGUGGUGACUUUAAUUGACCCAUUUAGGGGGGAGGACAAGGAGCAGUGGCAGAAGCUCAGCAAUGCAGUUGGAAACAAAUGUUCUCUGCUCUCUGAGGUCACAAACGUGUCCCAGCUUCCUGCAGGAGGGAAAAGACACAUUUUGAAGCUCGUCAAUGAAACCACAAUCAGCGACCUGAUCCGCAUCGCAUCACAUCCUGGUUCAGUGAUGCUGGGGGUGACAGAGAGUGAGCCCUGCAGUGACGCCUCUCUGUCAGAUUUGAGAUUCAGUGGAGACACAGGUUCACAGCUGCUUUCCCCCCCUCAGGCUGUGGGUCUGGGCCUGGACUACAUCAAACUGGGAGGUCUGCACGGUGCUGAGAGAAUGACCAAAUACAACCGACUGAUUUCAUUAGAAGAAGAGCUGGCCCAACGGGGAAUCCUCGCGAACAAGGACAAACACUCGCCUCCAUUCCCAGGAGCCGUCCUCCACAGCGGAGACACUCCAGUCUGAGGAAAUCCUGGAACAUCUUUCAGCAUUUGGUCCUUUUUUGUCACAUUAAGAGGCGAUCUACAUUGCUUUAAAUUCUUUGUUAUAAUAUAACAUGGUAAAAAUAUAAUUUGAGAUAAAAUAAAUGAACCUGAAACCAUUCAGAGGGAGGCUGUGGCCAAACACGGCCCUCAGAAGAAUUUCCACUUCACCUUUGCAGCAUAAAGCUCAUAUUGUGAGCUGCUGUGCUUUCUUAUGCAAAAACAGAGCUGCUCUUAUGUCGGAAUUACUCACCUCCGCAAAUGUUCUCCACACACAGACGCUCUUGUGAACCUUUGUGAUCCUGUGCAGAGCAAAGUACAAUGAAGAUGCAGGGCUGGAGGUCGGCUCUGCUGCGUGUGACCGCAGCUCUUCAGAGCACGCUCCGUUCUGCAAGUUCUCUUGGUGUUUUUUUUUAUUUUUAUCAAAGAACAUGUUUCAAGGAACAUACUAUUUCAUUUCAUUUAAAUGGCAGGCUGCUUCUGUAUUGUAGAAUAAAAAAUGAAUAAAAAAAUGCAGAUUAUGUGCAA